AUGUUUGAUAUUUUAUUACUUUCCUCAGGAUGGCUGAUGCUGCAGUUGGCUGCUGGGGAGUUAGAUUACACCUCUCAGGCUGACGGCAUGCAGCUCCAGGGUGAUUAUUCCUUCGCUGGACUCUUUCCCCUCCAUUACACCGAUGGAUCUGGCACCAGACUGCCUGCUUUGGUUCCAUGUGGACAGGGGAGACCCAACAAACACGGCUUCCACUUGAUGCAAGCCAUGAGAUUCGCCGUGGAAGAGAUCAACAGCGACACGGGCCCGCUGCCUCUGCUACCGGGAGUGAAGCUCGGCUACCAGAUAUACGACAUCUGCUCCAACCCGGCCAGCGUCCUGGCCACACUGGACCUGCUGGAGCAGCAGUACCAGAACUCCAGCAACACCCAGAAAUCAGUCGGUGUAAUCGGGCCAGACAGCAGCAGCAAGAGUUUUGCGCCCGCUGCUCUGCUGGGGGCGUAUGUGAUCCCACAGAUUUCCUACGAAGCCUCAAAUGAAAUGCUGAGCAACAAGCAGAUGUAUCCGGCAUUCUUCCGCACGAUCCCGAGCGACAAGAACCAGGUGGCAGCUAUGAUCCAACUCCUGGUUCGGUUCAACUGGAUGUGGAUCGCUCUUUUAGGCAGCGACAACGACUACGGACUGCAGGGUAUGCAGAGCCUGUCGGAGCAGGCCUCUCAAUAUGGCAUCUGCAUCCCAUACCAAGGGAUCAUCCCCACGGCGUCUGAGGAAACAGCUCAGACCAUGAGGAACAUGGUGGACAACAUACUGAAGACCAAGGUCAACACCAUCGUGGUGUUCUCAAGCAAGACGAAGUUCCACGACUUCCUCCCAUACGUCCUGGAGAGAAACGUAACAGAAAAGGUGUGGAUCGGGACAGAGGACUGGUCACCGUCCACUCUCAUCUCUGGGAUUCCUGGGAUCCAAACCAUCGGCACCGUGAUCGGCAUCUCUGUCAAGGAUGCCGCCAUUUCAGGGUUCGACGAGUUCCAGGAGAACGCGGUGAAGGCUUCACUGCAACACGUCAAAGAAGACUCCAACGUGAGCGCGAGCAACGCCAACGACUGCCUGCAGAGCACAGACCUGUACAGCCUGGCCAGGAAUAACUUCUCCAUGGACAAAUACGACGUCACCUCCUCGUUCAACGUCUACAAGGCAGUGUAUGCUUUAGCUCAGGCUCUGCAUCAAGCGCUUGGUUGUGAUUCUGGCGAGUGCAGCAAGAAAAGCGUGACUCCAUCACAGCUUCUGCCGCAGCUCCGGAAAGUUCGAUUUUCUCUCAGCAACUCCUCCGUGUACUUUGACAAGAACGGUGACCCACCCACCGGGUACGAUAUAGUGUCCUGGGUUUGGAGGGGCACGGACUGGUCUCUCAGAGUGGUAGGCUCCUUCACGCCGGACCCCAUCGCCCUCACAGUGGAUGCCGGUCUGAUUGAGUGGCACGGCAGAGGAGACCCAGGAUCAGUGCCUCAGUCCUUCUGCUCUCCACCGUGUCCAAAAGGCCACAAGAAGCUGCUGACAGGUCAACAUGCAUGCUGCUUCGACUGCCAGGCCUGUCCCUCGGCCACAUUCCUCAAUAAAAGUGAUCCAACAGACUGUCAGGCCUGUCUGCCGGAGCAGUGGGCUCCCCCGUCCAGCGAGGAGUGUCUGAACAGGACCGUGGUACUGCUGGACUGGCAGCACCCUCUCUCCAUAGCUCUCCUCUUCUUUUUGGCCGCCUGCGUCCUCCUGACCUCCAGCACCGCCCUCGUCCUCCUGCUCAACCUGAACACGCCGGUGGCCAAGUCCGCCGGAGGCCGCACCUGCCUCCUGAUGCUGGCAGCCCUGACCGUCGGCGCCUUGAGCACCUUGUGCCACUUUGGCCAUCCGUCCCCGCUGGCCUGCGUCCUGAAGCAGCCUCUGUUCACCAUCAGCUUCUCCGUGUGCCUGGCCUGCAUCGCGGUGCGCUCCCUCCAGGUCGUCUGCAUCUUUAAGUUUUCUUCCAAGCUGCCGCCGGUUUACGACAGGUGGAUGAAAAAGGGGGGUCCGGAGGUCACCAUCUUCCUGGUGUCCGCCGUCAUCUUGUUCAUCUCUGUGCUGCGGGUGUCCCUCGACACGCCGCAGCCUUCCCAGGACCUGCAGUUCUACCGGGACAAAAUCGUGCAGGAAUGCAGCAAAACCCUCUCUGUGGGCUCCGGCAUCGAGCUGGCUUACGUCUCCAUCCUCAGUGUCCUCUGCUUCGCGUUCAGUUACAUGGGGAAGGACCUCCCCGCCAACUACAACGAAGCCAAGUGCGUCACUUUCAGCCUGAUGGUGUACAUGAUCUCCUGGAUAAGCUUCUUCACCCUCUACCUCAUCAACAGGGAGACGUUCACCAUGGCGGCGCAGGUGUUCGCAACGCUCUUCAGUGUCCUGGCCUUCCUGGCUGGAUACUUCCUCCCCAAAAUGUACAUUAUCGUGCUGAGGCCGCAGAUGAACACAACAGCGCACUUCCAGAACUGCAUCCAGAUGUACACCAUGAACAAAAACUGAGCGGUUUGAGGGUCCAAACCACUAACCUCAACUAAUUAGGAUUUUAGACUCAUUUUACAAAUAAAAAUCUAGAAAAAGUAGGGUGUAAAUACACAUUAGUCACCCCCUUUUACCCAGAUACCCCUUAAUGAAAUCCAGAACAACCUGCUUUCAGAAGUCCAUUUAUUAGCAAAUAGAGUCCACUUGUAUAUAAUUUGAUAAGAUAAGAUAAGAUAGUCUUUAUUGA